AUGGAGGAUAUUUGGAAAGAUGGUUUAAUGGUGGACAGUACAACAUGGUUUGAAGUCCUGGGCAAUCGAGCACAUGGUGUCUAUGAUCUUGACAGAAAUAUGCUACGAAGAAAAGAAUGGGAAAGGAGAAAUCAGGAGAUACAGCAUGAAGACAGCAUAUUUAGUACCAGUUAUUCUCUCUUCAGUGAACCAUACAAGACGAAUAAGGGGGAUGAACUGUCUAGUCGUAUCCAGAAUACACUGGGUAACUACGAUGAAAUGAAAGAAUUGUUGACCGAUCACUCCAAUCAAAGCCAGCUUGUUGGUGUUCCAAAAGCCUGUAUAUCACAGGCCUCUAUGAACAAAAUGGAGGAGCACUUUGCUGCUGAAACUAUGACUCACACUCAGACUUCUGUUUGCAGUCCUCAGUCUUCUUUGCCAGUGGCACUUUCUGGACAGCUAAGCAAGAAUGCAACAUUAGGUUGGCAGAAAUCUGGGCGUUGCUUAGAAAAUCAGCAAAGGGGGGGCAAGCAUAGGCAUGGAUUGUCAGAUUCACAAAGUAAUGAUUUCAAAAUGGCUAACCAAAAGAGCAGCUUGGAAAAGAUUAUGCAUUAUGUACACAGUCCUUCACCAUCAUCUUCAUCCAGUGCUAUUCAAGGUCCUAUAGCAUCCUUAAUUGUAGAAAACGUCCAAACACAACAGCAGUCAAAAUUGAGCUGUGCCACAGAGACUGGAGUCCAGACUCAAGAAAGACCAGCUAUUCAUAGCAAUGGACACUGUGUACAAAAUUUUCAUCCUGCACUUACUUCAAAACCAAAUAUAAUUCAGCAGAAACCAACAGCUUAUGUGAGGCCAAUGGAUGGUCAGGAUCAGGCUCCUGAUAAAUCUCCAAGACUAAAGGUGCCGGAUGAAAACAGCAUGCUCUGCACCUCAUACAGAGAGAUGUCUUCUGUUAAAAAUGAAUCGGCUAGGACCAAGUCAAAAAUGACAAAGUGUGGCAUUUCCAAGCAAGAAGAGAACAGUGGAGUAGAUGACAAUGACUGUGUGGAAGAAAUUUUACGGGAAAUGACCCACACUUGGCCUCCACCACUUUCUGCUAUCCACACACCUGGCAAAGUGGAACAAAACAAGUUUCUGUUCACAAACAAGGACCCCCAACAUGUCUCUACAGGACACAGCAAUCAAAGAAAAGAUGACGCUGAGCCAAAGAAUACAGACGACUGUACCUUGCAUACAUCAAUGCUAGAAGAUGAUCUAAAGUUGAGCAGUGAUGAAGAGGAGAGUGACCAGCAGGCAGCACAGGAAUCUACUCUCCGGGUUCUAUCUGACAGCCCUGCUAACCAGCAGUCCAGAAUUUUGGGUGUCUCUAACAAGGGUUCAAGCAGCAGUUCGAGUGAAUCGGAGAGCAGUUCUGAAUCUGAUUCGGAGACUGAAAGCAGUUCCACAGAAAGCGACUGCAACAAGCAAUCACAUUGUUCCAGCCCAGAGCCUGAACAGCCGUCUCCUAACAAGUGGCAGUUGGAUAAAUGGUUAAAUAAGGUUAAUCCUCAUAAAGCUUCUGCUUUGAACCAAAAUGGAUUGGAGGUCUUUCAGUAUUACAGCAAAGUAAAAGAAAAAAGGCAAGACAAUGAAAAUGUACCUCCUGUUGGCCAAGCCAAUCUCCAGGAAAAAGAUAUUAAGAAUCUUACUAAAGAGGAACUGAGAUCUAGGACAGCUAACUUAGCCCCCGGACAUAGGGGAGCUAAGCAAAAACCACCUCCUUCUGCUGCCUCAAAAUCGGUAUCUAAAAAACAGCCAAGGAGGACAGAGAGUAGCCCGGCUGAUGAUAACGUAAACAACCAUGCAGCUGACAAUCUUGAUUUGAACCAAAUUCAUUUGGCAAAUAGUAACAUUUGUAAUCAGCCCAAGACUAGGCCUUGCAGCAGCAACAUCGAACAACAAAAAGAACCACCGUCUGUUACAGCCUCUGAAAAGAGACGCACAAGAGGCUCAGGGAAAACAGCACCCAAGUCCAAGGAAUUUAUCGAGACAGAAUCUUCAUCUUCAACUUCAUCGGACACAGAUUCCCAGUCUGAACAAGAGGAGUGUCCUUCACAUAAACCACAAACUGCAACUUCAGCAUCCGCUGAAAGUGACCAGAAACAAAAGAAUCCUAGCAAUAAUAAUGGUUACAAAAAAAACAAUAAUUGUGGUGCCUUUGGUUCCAUCAACACCAGAACUAGCAACGAUAUAGCAAAAGAGCUGGAAGAACAGUUCUACACACUGGUUCCUUUUGGCAGGAAUGAGCUUUUGUCUCCUCUAAAAGAUACUGAUGAUGUCAAAGCACUUUGGGUCAAAAUUGAUUUGACUCUGCUCUCCAGAAUCCCACAGCAAUUACCUGAGGAGCCACUGAUGAUAAAUACAGCGGUUAAAGAAGCCAUUCAAAUGCAAUAUAACAUUGCUGCUGAUCUGCCAGCAGAAAAAGUGGUUCCUAAAUCCAGAAGAAAACGAAAGCAUGAAAAUGAGGAGGAAAACAGAGAGACUAAGAAGAUUCACACUGAGCAAGAAUGUUCCUUCAAUGUACUUCCUUCAGCCCAAGUUAUUUCUUCACCAAAUCAUUUCAAAAUCAUUAAAAAAAGUUUGGCAACACCAAUAAAUAAAAUGGAGAAAAUGCUUCAAUCACCUAGUUCUCCCUUCUCUGAUGCAUCUAAGUAUAAAUUCUGUAACGAUAAUUUAACUUCUAGAAAAACAAAUGGUACCAACCCUUCGUCUUCCACAUCCUCAAGCAGAAAGCACAAGAAUGAAAUUAGAUCAUAUCUACAUUCUGGAGAUUUCAGUAAAGCCAUGUAUAUCAGUUCAGAAAAUACUCUGUUCUGCAAUAGAAUACAGUGCCAAAAAGAACCAUGGUCAUCUAUACUGACUGUGCCCAAAAACUGUAGGAAAUCAAAACUCAUCGUUAAUGAUGGAUUGCACAAUUUAGAUUAUUUUAUGCAGGAAGCUAAAAGAAAAAAGCAUAGAGCAGAUGCAAUGGUGGACAAAUUUGGCAAGGCACUUAAUUAUGCUGAAGCUGCAUUAUCAUUUAUUGAGUGUGGAAAUGCCAUGGAACUAGGACCCCUGGAAUCAAAGUCCCCAUACACAAUGUAUGCAGAAACUGUGGAGCUUAUCAGAUAUGCUAUGAGACUAAAAACCCACUCUGGUCCCAGUAUGACAUCAGAAGAAAAACAACUAACAGCAUUAUGUUACCGCUGUUUGGCACUUUUGUACUGGAGAAUGUUUCGGCUCAAAAGAGACCAUGCUGUAAAAUAUUCAAAAGCUCUAAUUGAAUAUUUCAAGAAUUCAUCUAAAGUUGCUCAGGCACCAUCUACCUGGAGUAGUAGUGCAAAGUGUACAGGAACUCCUUCUCCCAUAUCACCCAGUUUAUCUCCGCUGAGCUCAGUUGGGAGCACCGGAGCUCCUUCCCCUUCCUCCAUCAUCAGCAUUCCUCACCGAAUACACCAGAUGGCAGCUAACCAUGUUAGUAUCACUAACAGCAUCUUACACAGUUAUGACUACUGGGAGAUGGCUGACAAUCUUGCCAAGGAAAACCAAGAUUUCUUUAAUGAUUUGGAUGCACUGAUGGGAGCUAUCACAUUGCACAGCUCUAUGGAGCAUCUGGUUCAGUAUACACAGCAAGGCCUUGACUGGAUAAGGUGUAGUGCUCAGUUAUCCCCAUGAUAGUUCU